AUGAAACAAGUACUAUUGUUGGGAUCGGGCUUUGUCGCAAGACCAGCAGUUGACUAUCUCUUAAAGAGAUCAGAUGUACAUCUUACCAUUGUAAGUCUAUUCCAGAAUGAAUUGGAUAAUAUACAGACUCAACAUGGAAAUGAGAAGAUCACCACUGUCCAGUUGGACGUGAUGAACAACUUGGAGUCAUUGAAUGAGUACAUUCCAAAGUCACUAGUUGUCAUUAGUUUGUUGCCAGCAGUUAUGCAUGUACCAAUCGCAAAGCUAUGUAUCCAACACAAGAUACAUUUGGUCACUGCAAGCUAUAUUAGCCCAGAGAUGAGAGCUUUGGAUGCUCAGGCCAAGGAGGCCGGCAUUCUCUUGCUCAAUGAGUUGGGUUUGGACCCAGGCAUUGAUCACAUGUCAUCGAUGAAGAUCAUCGACGCUGCAAAGGAGCGCGGUGCCAAGGUCACUUCAUUCAUUUCCUGGUGUGGCGCUCUCCCCGCACCAGAGUGUGCCGACAAUCCCUUUGGCUACAAGUUCUCAUGGUCGCCAAGAGGCGUCCUCUCGUCGGCCUCGCUGUCGGCCACCUUCCUGUGGAACACAAUCACCGAGUCGAUCCCCGCUCACAUCAAGUUCGCCGUGAUGCAGCCCGUCACCAUCAAGGACAGCGACGGAACCGUGCACGAGUUUGAGGGCGUGGCCAACCGCGACUCUCUGCCCUACAUCGACGAGUAUCACUUGAACCGCGCAGAUGUCACCACUAUGUACCGUGGCACCCUGCGCUGGAAGGGCUUCAGCGUAAUGAUCCGCGCUCUGGCCGCCAUCGGCCUGUUCACAUUGGUCAAGGACGAUCGUCUCGCCAGCAACCCAGCAUGGAAGACCUACAUCUCACAGGUGCUGGCCUGCAACGACAACCCAUCGGACAUUGAAUACUGCCUCGAGUCCACCAUCAGGGAGGCCUUUGAGAAGCAAAAGAAGGAGUCCCAGGAGCACAACUUCAAGUUCCCAAUCAUUGAGCGCGACAUCGACGCCGACGUCAAGUGCUCAAUGGACGGCAUCAAGUGGCUGGGCCUGUUGUCCGAUGAGCCCGUCGUCAACAAGCAGACACCAAUCGACACACUGUGCGCACUGCUCGAGAAGAGGCUGUCGUACGCAGGUGGCGAGCGCGACAUUGUCGUCAUGCAGCACGAGUUCAUCAUCGAGUCGACCAAGCCCGAUGGCACCAAGUCCGUCGAGAAGGAGUACUCUCGUCUGAUCUGCUAUGGAAAGCCCAAUGGCAGCACAGGUACAUCACUCACCGUUGGUAUCCCCGUUGGUAUUGCCACCGAGCUCAUCCUCGAAGAAUCCGUCACCGCCCGUGGCGUCCACGGACCCGUCACACCAGAGUUCUACCUUCCCAUCCUCGACAGGCUCAAGGGUGAGGGUAUAGAGAUGGUCGAGUUCACUGCCUAA